AUGUCAGAGCAUACACCAGCACCUUAUCGACCUCGUUCAGUCUAUGGUUAUGCCUUGUAUAUUGGAUCCAAUAUGAUGUUUUUUAUUUAUCUCGUUUGGGCAGUUAUACCAGAAGAUAUUUUACAUGAAAAAUUUGGUUUAACAUAUUGGCCUUUAAAAUAUUGGGCUGUUGCAAUACCAAUUUGGGCAUUAACAGCAACAGCAAUAUUUACAUUUAUUAUUUAUCCAGCAAUAAAUAUGCUCAUGACACCUGACAUUGAUGAUAUAAAAACCAUCAAAGAUCAAUAUUCACUUGUUCAAUGUGAAUAUAUUCCAGGUGGUAUUCCACCAGUUUCUGAUAUUCCAAUUACUGAUGUUUGUAGAAAAUUAUAUUUAAAACCUGUUAAUAAAACUUGAUUU